AUGGCUGCUUUUCCUUCCCAACAAAGACAAGUUGGGCAGUCACAUGCACUGGGACAUGGUGGGAGCGAAGUAACGUUUGCUAAAAACUCGGACCUUCGCCGAGCACUGGCAGCGUCAGUUACACGGGCAGCACUUGAGAGAGCACGAGCGGAGCGCGAGGCUUCACUCAGCGGAUUUGAGCAGAGGCAGAAGGCAGCAGUGCGCAUGGGAACUACGAAAGCAGGGGAAGGUUGUCCUGAGACUGUCAAAGAGGAAGCCAGGGAAGGUCUCAAUCAGCUGGGUUUGGCAUCUUUCCCGAAGCAAGAGGAGAAGGGAUGGGGCUGGUGCAUGCCAGCCCGUCAAAUUCCAGAUAUUGCAGGCCUCAGAAAGUCUCCCAGCACAGUCCCAGUGCAACCACGAGCAAAUGGCGAAGUCAUCAGAGGUUUGUGCCGGGCAGAAAGCUAUUCGUCUUGUCCUGAAGGCGAGGAACCUAUUUUUGGCGAAGCACGUGCUUAUGGCGACGUAAAUUGGGAUGGCCGGAUGCGAGGCGGUGAGCUUGCGAGGAAUGGUUGGGCUGGCACAUUUCCUCUAACAAACCAAAGGGGCUGA